CCAGAUAUUACAUGUGCUACAGAAGUUGUUCGAGGAAUUGAACAAAAAAGCCGAACCGUCUUCUUUGUGUUGAUUGCCUUCUUCUGGAGCCGUCGGCAUGGCUUGCUCUGCCAGCUGCCAGUGCAGUGGCGCGAGGGGACAGAAAAGCAUCCUUUACAGCAUUUUGAGAGAAAACGACCAGCCGACACAACGUUCGCUAGGGCGCCAAAGGUUCGACGUCCCGCAAGAGCGAGCUUGUUCGUGCGGAUUUAAUAAAACAGCGGUACUGCGUGCUCCGCUGGUAACAUCCAAAGCUACUUCCGCGGUGCUUUUAAAGACGCUGAGAUUUGUAAAAAAUGUACCUUGUUUUCGGGAACUACCGGCGAAGGACCAACUUCAGCUUGUGCGCAACAGCUGGGCACCCUUGCUGGUUUUGGGUAUGGCGCAAGACGCGGUCGAUUUCGAAACCGUGGAGACGUCUGAACCCAGCAUGCUGCAGAAGAUUUUAACCAACUGUCAGAACAAACAGGAAACUUCAAAUGGUCCCAAUGGCCAAGGCGUUUCUCUCGUAGAUGUCCAAGGAAUCCAAAUGUUUUUGAGUAAAUGCUGGGGACUCAACAUCAGCACCAAAGAAUAUGCGUAUUUAAAAGGCGUUAUUCUCUUCAAUCCAGAAAUCGCGGAACUGCAGAGUCAACGAUACAUCUUGUCACUACAGCGGGAAGCAUACAAAGCUCUACACGAAUAUGUCAAAAUGAUUUACCAGGGAGACUCUGUUCGGUUCGCCAAACUCUACAUCGCAAUCUCCAUGUUGCAAUCCAUCAACGCACAGAUUGUGGCCAGCCUUUUCUUCGGUUCCGUCAUCGGAAAUGCAAGCAUUGACGAUCUUUUGCUGGAGAUGUUUUAUCAAAAAUAAUCAGUUUAAAGUGUAAACCUGGAGUUCAAAAUAAAAAGGGAUUUCAUCAACAUAGACUCGUGCGUGUAGGGUUUGCAUAAAAAAAAUCUUAGAACACUUAGAAUAUUGGUACGUAUUUCUCAUAUGCAGAUGAAGAAGGGUGGCUUAUUUAUUGCUCUGUUGUCUUAUGUUUGUGUGAAUUAAGCGUGGUUGUAUGUGGACGAGACACAUUUUCCAACUUCCUGUACUAUGUGUGAAUUAAAACGCAAGCCAUUG